CAUGUAUGGUCGCUUUUAUGGCUUGUUGGAUAGCCCGCAAUGUGCUCUACCGGAAUUGGCUGGAGGUUAUUCUGGUAAGAACUACAUCGGGAGCCGCGGGAAUAACGGCGCUCCUGUUCCAUGGCUGGCCAGAUCAGGCAUCACAUUGCGGCGCUUAUUCAAUGCUUUGAGGUGGAUUUGUCAAAUCUGCGACACAGGCGGAAUUAAUGGCAUGUAUUCUGUCUAUAUAAUAGGAUUCCAUGGUAGCCUGAUUUAUGGCAAGACCGAUCAUAUACGCUCACUGAAACCUUUCGUCGUAGUAAUGUUCAAGCUCGCAGUUAUUGUCGGCGCGACUGGGGUCCAAGGCGGAUCCGUUGUCGCCCGCUUCCUCAAAGAUCCCUCCUUCAAGAUUCGAGGCACCACGUCAAACACAGCCAGUGAUGCUUCAAAUGCUCUUGCUUCUCAGGGGGUGGAGAUGGUCUACAUGGACCCGAACGACGAAGCCAGCAUUGCGGAGGUGUUUACCGGCGCUCAUGUGGUCUAUGCAGUCACAAACUUCUUCAAGGACUUUGAAACUCUCUCUGCCGUCGCAGCCAUGGAGGUCGAAUACACACAAGGAGUCAAACUAGCCAAGGCUGCUGCAAAUACGCCCACUCUGGAGCACUACAUCUGGAGCACUCUACCUUACAGCGCGGAAUUGUCGCAAGGGAGGUGGUUGGUACCACAUUACGACGGCAAGGCCCGCGUCGACAAUUUCAUCAAGGCUGACAAGGAGCUUUUGGCCAAAACGACAUUUCUCUUAUGCACAUAUUACCCUUCCAAUUUUGCAUUUCCUUUCAUGUCUCCAGUCUUCAUGAAAUCGGCACAACGGCACAUACAGAUACUCCCUGUUGGGCCAGAAUCAACUCCAGUGUAUAGCACUGGCGACACGCGUGUCAAUGUUGGGAUUUGGGUGUACGCAAUUAUUACAAACGGUACCCUACCACCACGUCCGGCGACCGGGGGUCUCUACGUCCUGGGGAGCCACAACAAGUACAAAGACUGGAAUGAAAUGUUCCUGGCGUGCGGUCGGGUUUCCGGCAAAUCGUUUUCCUCUCAUCCCCUUGAGUUUCUAACCAUUUCUUUCCGCCAGUUCGAGAAUCUUUGGGGCAAGCUGGGAACUGAAAUGGCCAUCUGGUUUGAGUUCUUGCACGACCUCAAAGAUAAGGCCUGGACAGUCUCUGGACAGAACGAUGUCCUUAUAACCGCUGAGGAGUUACUUUCGGGAUCACCAUCUGACGAGGAAGCAGCACUUGUUAGUGACGAGCAGGUCUGGAGACAGAUGAAUAGCAGAGACGUAUAGACGAAAACUCUGCACAAGGACAAUAGUUGAAAGGAUUUCAGGCGGAAGGGUUCGUGUUAUAGGCGCGUCAUAAGGUAGUGCGAUUGAGGAGUCAUGAUCCUUCUGCAAGAGGUAGCCGAAAACCGAUAAAGUCAACGCCGAAAAACUCUCAGAGUAUUUUAUAGAUUAUUGCGCACUAUUUGGCGCCCAAGCUGCUCUUGAGUAGUGAUUAGCUCUUUUGGGGUUUGCCAAUGAUUUUGUUACCGGAAUAGUUUUCUCCUAG